UGAUAUCAUGUGGAACGAGAAUCUAUCAAACUCCACCCACAGGAACGUAGACUCGAUCGACCGUAAUGAGUAUCGCAUGCGAGGAGGCUGCGGUGGAUGCUGCUGCGGAGCACGGGAAAACAUCUGGAGGAGUUCACAGGGUUACGGUUGCUGUUGCGGAAGACUCGUACCGAAUGAAUCAUGCGCACCUAGCCUGGACAGAAUCAAGACAGUGUGCGUUAUGCCAUCGCAUUCCUGUUGUUGUCGUCCCCGAGUCUGCAGGAAGUCGGCCAGGUGCGAGCCGCCUCCAUGCACAACGAGUAUCCGAAGUUGCGACGGUGGUAGAUGUUGCGGCGCCUGCGGGAAACCCGGUCAGAUCUGCACAUCAUCGCUGAGGAUCUGCAACUCGUCAGCUCAUUCCUCACGCGGGAGAUCGCCUUGCGCUCCGCGUUGUCCACCACAGUCAUCUUGCUCAAUCAGUGGCUGCAGAGGCUUCUGCAGCGGACCCAACAAUUGUAGAAGGUCGCACAGUCCGAGAUGUCUGUCUACCAUAGGUAACGGAUUCUGCAGCGUCAAUGACGGAGCGAAAUGCGGUACCGACGUAGCCUGCUGUCGGCUGAGAUUGCCCUGUGAAUGUCUUGGUGGCGGCCUUGACUGUCGGCGAUGCGGAAGAAAGGUCUACCAGGCUGAGAUGCAGAUUGCCUCCGGAGUACCGUAUCACAACAUUUGCUUCAGUUGCUUUUGUUGCCGAAAGCCGCUGGAACCGUUGACUUAUCAGGAAAACGGCGGCGAGAUCUACUGCAAACAAUGUUACGUUCGUAAUUUCGGACCGCAAGGAUAUGGUUACGGCGUGGGAGCCGGUGUACUACAGACACCCUUGUGAUCCCAUCGAGUGCCUAAUACCGGUCGUACCACAAGCGAAAGCAUUCAAGUAAAGUUAUGACGUUUCCUUAUGCGUUUCUAUUUCUUUACGACAGUUAUAAAGUGAUGCGUGAGGAAGCUUAAUGCAUAUAUUAAGACGUUUGCUUUUGUGUGACACCAUAAUCCUGUACGUUAUUCCGCACGCACGCGAUGUUUAGCGAACGUUCUUA